AUGACUGCUAUGAAAGUUCUCAUUAGUGGCGGAGGUAUCACCGGCAACUGCGUCGUCUUUUGGCUCUCAAGACUUGGAGACGACACCAUCGUUAUCGAAUGGUAUCCAGAGCUUCGGACCACCGGCCUCCAACUGGACCUUCGAGGCCACGGUAUCGAGGUUAUGAAGCGAAUGGGCCUAGAUUCCGCCUUCCGAGCAAAAGUAGCUCCUGAACAAGGCUUGCAAUUUGUCGACGACUCAGGCAGACCUCGAGCUCACUUCCCGGUCAACAGAUCUGGUAACGGUUUGCAAAACUUUACCACCAAUAACGAGAUCAUGAGAGGAGACUUUGUUCAACUUCUCUACGGAGUUACAAAAGAUCGAGUGAAGUAA